CGACUUUGGAGUAUAAGACAGGUGAAUGACAUCUGGCUGGUGGAUGGAUGGGCAUAUAGUUGUCCUCUGAUUCUAUUUGACUCUAUUCGGCCAAUAAUCUUUGUAGCUACAUCAACAACACACCUAAUACUCCUACGAUAGUUGUUGCAUUGACCAGCCAUGGACGAACAACACACCUCCCUCCCAGACGCCCGCGGAAUCCAGCCCCAUUGGGGAUUUGGUUUCCCUCCCUCAAUCUCUUGGGAGCAUUUCCAUCAUGACCAUAGACGCCAACCCGCCCGAAAACCCGCCAGCCUUCAAUCUAACCGAUGUGGAUCGGCAAGUUCUGGCGCAAACCGAUGACGAGUUUAUACUGCACGACUGGGAGGAUCUCAAGUCCAUCAUAGCGCGCAACGACCUCGCCCUCCUGAAGCGGAAACCCUCCGAACUCCGCCGCUACCUCGCGUGGUCGCACGCGACAAAACAAAAAUACGGGUCCAUCACCAACUACAUCUGCCAGGAGCGCCUGCACUGGAGCCUGCCAGACACCCACCACGACAAAACUGUCGUCCCGCCCAUCACCACCGACAGCGGGCCGGUCUUCCCCUACAACAACCCUACCCCGUUCGCCGACCCGGCCGACUACAAGAUCCUGCGCAACGACUGGCCGUACGGCCUGGCGCCGGGUAUCACGCACCUGGUCGUGUGGCUGCGGACGCCCGUGGCUGUCAACGAGGCGGACGGCGACCUGACGCCGGAGAGUCGCGCGUUGGUGGAGGGGUUCGUGCUGCGCACGUUUGUGGGGAGGCUGGCCGCCGCGCCGGAGGCGAAGAAGUGGGAUGACUCGCCGCGCGACCAUGUGCUGUGGUUCAAGAAUUGGACGGCGCUGCAGAGUGUGCGGAGCUUGGAGCAUGUUCAUGUGCUGGUGCGCGAUGUGCCGGAGAAGAUUUUGGUGGAGUGGACGGGGGAGGGGCCGCCGAUGCAUUGAGGUUAAUAGUAUUGAAAUAUCUGCUGGUGAUGUUGAAGUUUCCACAAAGGCAUGGCGUAUUUGGGCCAUACAUUCGCACCUUCUCACUGGGAAAUCCUCGAUUGAACAUAGCAUUGGGAAUCGUAAUCACCAAACUAGAAAGAAAAG